AAAAGCAACCCUCGACGUCGACAACCCCUCCCCAUCGACACCCUCCAGGUCCGGCAACCCGGUACAUUUUCAAUCGCCAGAUCUAUACAACAUGGCUGACGCUCCCCGUGGACGUGGAGGAUUCGGCUCGCGCGGCGACCGUGGUGGUGACCGUGGACGUGGCCGUGGCCGCCGUGGCCGUCGUGGCGGUCCCAAGGAGGAGAAGGAAUGGCAGCCCGUCACCAAGCUUGGCCGUCUCGUGAAGGCCGGCAAGAUCACCAGCAUGGAGCAGAUCUACCUUCACUCUUUGCCCGUCAAGGAGUUCCAGAUUGUGGACUUCUUCCUCCCCAAGCUGAAGGAUGAGGUUAUGAAGAUCAAGCCCGUCCAGAAGCAGACCCGUGCCGGUCAGCGUACCCGUUUCAAGGCCGUUGUCCUCAUCGGUGACUCCGAGGGUCACAUCGGUCUCGGUAUCAAGACCUCCAAGGAAGUCGCUACCGCUAUCCGUGCCGCCAUCACCAUCGCCAAGCUCGCUGUCCUCCCCGUCCGUAGAGGUUACUGGGGUUCCAACCUUGGUGAGCCUCACUCUCUGCCCGUCAAGCAGAGUGGAAAGUGUGGUUCCGUCUCCGUCAGACUUAUCCCCGCUCCCCGUGGUACCGGCCUGGUUGCCUCCCCCGCCGUCAAGCGUCUCUUGCAGCUUGCUGGUGUCCAGGACGCCUACACCUCCUCUUCCGGUUCGACCAAGACCCUUGAGAACACCCUCAAGGCCACCUUCGUCGCUGUCGUCAACUGCUACGGCUUCCUCACCCCCAACCUGUGGAAGGAGACCAAGCUCAUCCGGAGCCCUCUGGAGGAGUUCUCUGACGUUCUGCGCCAGGGUAAGAAGUACUAGAUUCCGUUGUGUGUAGCGAUGGGAAGAAAUUUGCAUGAUUGUUUUUGAACCCAACCAAAUAACUUUUUCUUAACAACAACCCCCGAUUCCCUUUUUUUACUACCUUUUUCUUUUUGGCUGGGGAAAAACGGGAUUAUGCUCGAGGAGACUCGUAAUACCUUACCACACACAAAAAAUCACGCUCGGUUACGCUAUAUGGUGUCCAUGGAUGUCUUAUUUACAGGAAGGGAAAAAAGG